AUGGCACCUCGCCAAGGUGGCUAUCUCCGCGUUCCGGGACAAGAAGAGGACCUUUGUCGGCAGCCUCGCCGCAGCCGAUCCGGUUCCGCCGGCCGGAGGCUCAAGGCCUUACCCAGCGAGAAGCCGCUCCCGGCCCUUCCGCCGUCGACGCCCACGUCAGGGGCGGCCUUUGUCGACAUUGAUCUCGACGGCGGCGGCACCCACAGCUCACCCAGCAGCCGUCGUCGCGCCACCAUCGCAAUCGCUCUCGCGCUGGCUGUUGUGGGAUGCAUGCUUGCCUUUGUGGUCCUUGGGUUCGCCUGGGAUAACGGCGGCGUGAGAAGGGGCCCGAACGCGCUGGACGGCCUAAAGAACCCGGACGAUUGCCCGUGUAGGCCGGACGAUGACGUGCCGCAGUAUUUCAGGACGAGUCCGGAGCUGUGGGCUGGCCCGACAGCAACCGGUAGACCUGCCUUCAUGGCGCAGACAAGAAUUCUGCCGACGGGUACCUUUGUGCCGAAUGCGCCGCUGCAGACGGACAUCCCUAUCGAGGGGAUGGGGAGCAAGAAUGAGAGUAUUUUCAACAUGAUGGGAUAUCUUACGCCGUAUCAGCCGAGCCCUGGGUUUGGCGUAGAGGAGUACGCGCUGCCAGAAGGAGCCGACAUUGUUCAAGUUCAGAUGCUCUCUCGUCACGGAUCUAGGUAUCCCACCAUGGGAUCCAAUGUCGCCGAUUUUGGGCAGCGCAUCGCAAAGGCUGGCAAGAAGUUGAAUGCCAAGGGGGCUCUGAAGUUCUUGAAAAACUGGAAAUACCAGUUGGGACAUGAGAUCCUGGUUCCGAAAGGGCGUCAAGAGCUCUUCGACUCUGGGAUUUUGCACUCGUAUAUGUAUUCGUCGCUGUAUAAUCCGAAUAGCAAGAUCAUUGUGCGGACAACUACGCAAGACAGGAUGCUCAAGUCAGCCGAAUACUGGCUAGCGGGUUUCUUUGGUCUCGAAUGGACUAAGAAUGCCACUAUCGAGGUUAUCAUCGAGCAAGACAGGGCGAACAAUUCGCUCGCGGGUUAUUUGAACUGCCCCAACGCCCGCAAGCAGAAUGGAGGCGAUGAUGCCGCCAAGGUUUGGAUCUCAAACUACCUGGCCAAUGCUACUGCUCGUUUGCGAGAUCUGGCGGAAGGAUAUGACUGGACCAUUGAUGACACCUACGCGGCUCAGACCAUGUGUCCUUACGAGACUGUGGCCUACGGCUUCAGCGUCUUUUGCGACUUGUUUACAUACGAAGAGUGGGUUGGCUUCUCCUACUCCGUCGAUCUUAUGUUUGCCGGCAACAACGCGUUCCAGAACCCCACAGGCCGCGCUAUAGGCAUCGGCUAUCAACAAGAGGUCAUUGCCCGCCUCCAGAACCACACUCUGGGCUACUCGGGGUCACAGAUCAACGUCACAUUAGAUAACAACACGGUCACAUUUCCGCUCAAUCAGAGCCUCUACUUUGACUUCUCCCACGACACCAACAUCGCCUCGAUCCUAACGGCCUUUGGUCUGAAGCAAUUCGCUCAGCUCCUCCAGCCGACGGAGUACCCGGGCCAGCACAACUUCACCGUCUCGCACAUCACACCCUUUGGCGCCCGGCUCGACAUCGAAAUCAUCAAGACCCCCAAGCCGUUUAAGACCGAUCGAUCGGGGUACGAAAAGGAUGGCGGGGAGACCAAGUACAUCCAUUUCGUCUUGAAUCAGAGGACCGUCCCCUUGGGUUGGAGUUUCCCGGAGUGCGACGUCACGAGAUUAGACGGCUGGUGCGAGCUGGAGACGUUUUUGAACGUGCAGCAGCAUAUGCCUGAGCUGGCGGACUAUGAUAGGGCUUGUCAUGGAGACAUUGAGACUGUGCCGUACGGGGUGGUGUACGAUGGUAGGCCCAUGUGA